AUGUGUCCCUGGCUCCGCGAGUGCCGGUGGCUGGUGACUCGGGAGGUGGGCGCGGUGUUGCCGGGAGGGGAGAGCCAGUUUGCCGUGAGCAGGGGAGCCCGAGAGGAGGCAGCAGGGCCGGCCACAUUGCUUCGAUUUCAGAGUACCCUGGUAAUAGCUGAGCAUGCAAACGACACCAUAGCACCCAUCACAUUACACACCAUCACUGCAGCCACACGCCUGGGAGGUGAAGUGUCCUGCUUAAUAGCUGGAACCAAAUGUGACAAGGUGGCCCAAGAUCUCUGCAAAGUAGCAGGUGUAGCAAAAGUUCUGGUGGCUCAGAAUGAUGCAUACAAGGGCCUUCUUCCAGAGGAACUGACACCAUUGGUUUUGGCAACUCAGAAGCAGUUCAGUUACACGCACAUCUGUGCGGGAGCGUCUGCCUUCGGAAAGAACCUUUUGCCCAGAAUCGCAGCCAAACUUGAUGUUGCCCCGAUUUCUGACAUCAUUGCAAUCAAGUCACCUGACACAUUUGUGAGAACUAUUUAUGCAGGAAAUGCGUUAUGUACAGUGAAGUGUGAUGAAAAGGUGAAGGUGUUUUCUGUCCGAGGAACGGCUUUUGAAGCGGCAGCAACAAGUGGAGGUGGUGCCAGUUCUGAGAAGGCAUCCAGUACUUCCCCGGUGGGGAUAUCAGAGUGGCUCGACCAGAAAUUAACCAAAAGUGAUCGACCAGAGCUAACUGGCGCCAAAGUGGUGGUAUCUGGCGGUCGGGGUUUGAAGAGUGGCGAGAACUUUAAGUUGUUAUAUGAUUUGGCAGAUCAACUACAUGCUGCAGUUGGUGCUUCUCGUGCUGCUGUUGAUGCUGGCUUUGUUCCCAAUGACAUGCAAGUUGGACAGACAGGAAAAAUAGUAGCACCAGUAAGUAUUGCAAUAAAAUAUGCAAAGUUAUAUGGGGAUAAGGCCUGUAUGCAUUUGUUGAACACUCGCCUCAGUGAUUUAUGUCCUGUUCCGUGUGCUUAGCAGUUACCGUUACCA